UAUCUCAUGUACUUGCAAAUGAAAAAGACCAAUCACAAGCAGAGGGCAGUGUCACUGACAAAUACGUCUGACUGAAGGUUAAUUAAAUAAUGACAACACACAGACGGGCUAAAUAUAUCACACAGCUCUGCUGUUUAAUUAAGUUCCAUAUGAUUUUUUAUUAUUAUCAUUUAUAUAGAAUGAUCGCAUACUUUACCUCGACUGACUUCCAGAAUGGUCGUCUGCCUCUUCUCCAGGGCUAGAGCAGUGCCCUGGAGCAGAUCUUGUCCUGACGAAAGGAGAUCAUAUCUUAGGGAGGCAACGACGGGAGAACACACACACACACACACACACACACACACACACAGAUUUAGAUCUUGAAAGCCAUGCGUGUGGCGUGAUAAAGGUGUGAGUGUAUCUGUACACGCACGCGUGGGUGUGUUUCACUGCCUGUUAGGGUCACACCUGUCGGGCGGUUCCUCUCUCGUGCUCUCCUUGUCUGUCAAGUCUCUCACUCGCUAACGGGAAUGCCAUUGAACGCACCACGGUCGCUCACAGGAGACAUGUCAGUCACGUUGUUCCCGACAGAUGGAUUACUCAAUCAGCUGAUUUACACAACACGGAGGGACUACUGAACGUGGGGCAGGAGAGUUGUCCCGUGAGACGUGGAGGAGUGUUGAACUUUAACUUUUCUUGUUUGUGUCUUUUGCGGGGGAGUUUACAGAGACAUGGCGCUGUCUCAGAUACAGUGUCUGGACGAUAAUCACGUGAACCCGCGGACCCAUGAGUCCAAACCCGAGUUUCUCUACUGCGAGGACCAGCGGCUGGCGCUGGAGACUCUGCUCUGCGAUGGACGCGAGGCGUUCGGUAAGUUCAUGCAGGAGCGUGGCCUGCGGGGCUUUCUCUCGGACCCGGAGCUGGAAACAAUCACCGGGACUGUGGAGCCCUUUGACCCGAACUCGGAUCUCUUUCCUGGAAACCCAGCGGAGGACGAGCCCCCGCUGUCGCUGCAUUACUGGCCAGAUCUUUCUGACACGUCUGUGCCGAACAUGGACCUGGGUUGGCCGGACAGCGAAGCUUAUCGUGGCGUGACGCGAGCUACUGUUUACACACAACCGCCGCUCGACGGUCAGACACACAUUAAGGAGGUUGUCAGGAAAAUGAUUGCGCAGGCGCAGAAGGUGAUAGCAGUGGUUAUGGAUGUUUUCACUGACGUCGACAUCUUCAGAAUCCUGCUGGAACACACAAAUCUACCUCAUUUUGUCUCCAUGUGUCGGAGGGCGAACAUGCACACCGGUCACCUCAAGCACCUUCGUGUUCGCUGCACAGUCGGAGGGGAGUUCUGCACUCGCUCAUGCACUAAGGUCAAAGGUCAACUGGGACACCGCUUCAUGUUCUUGGAUGGUGACAAAGCUGUGUCUGGGUCGUACGGUUUUACCUGGAUGGCUUCACGUUUGGACAGAAACCUGAUCACCGUGGUCACCGGCCAGGCAGUGGACGCCUUCGACCGGCUCUUUCGAGUCCUUUAUGUGACCUCCAGCUCUGUUGACCUCCGGCAGAUGGCCACCGACCAAGAACCUGAGCCCGAGCCUCUACCACAGCCGGCUGCUGUUGCUCCUCCCAGUGCUGCUGAUACUAGGAAACUGUACAACCCCAAAUAUGCACUUCUGGCUUCAUGUAACCUGGUCCCUUCUACUCCACAAAAGCCCAGCAGUCCAGAAAGCUCCAAGAAUCCAGAUGAUAAGAAGAACAGGAAAAAAAGAAGUAGUAAAGACACUGUACAAGAAGACCCUCCGCUCCAUCCUGGUCUUGUUAAUUUGGAAAAGGCAUACUUGAUCCCAUAUCUGCCGACAUGGCCAGAACCCGAUCCCCCCAGUGACGUAAUAGGCUUCAUUAACAUUCGGGAUCCCAGGAAACCGACACAGGUCCAUCUUCAGAGAUCUGAGAUGUUUGAAACAAGCCAAGCAGUCAGGUUUAGUAGUCCAUUUACCAAGCCCAAGGAAGUCCUGCCAGAGGUGGCUCAGCCGAGGGAGAUUACUCCUAAACCUGAGAGGUUUAACAAACUCCUAACAAGACAGAAAGAACCAACAGCUGUGAAGCCGACUGUUGACAAAGACCAGUCAACAGAACUACAGCCAGAACCCUGUGAAAUUAAAACAAAGAAAGCUCCUGUACAAAGGACAGACGAACCAGACCAGACUGUCAAGUCAGAGCAUGAACUGCAUUUAAACACAACUACAAAACCUGGUGCAAAAUCACCUUCUCAGUCCAGCAGCAACACAACAACUCCAAGCAAUAGCAUUACAUCACUCAAUACACAAAAAGUCACGACAAACACUCCUAAACCCUCAACCUCCAUGUCAGAGUUAAACACUGAAGAAGAGCCAGAAACAAAUUUAGACGAAACACAAAGUGCUGUCGUAAACCACAGUCUGAAGUCAAACUGCUCAAACGACUCCGUCUCACAGGUAGAUUCAAAAACCCAGACGGGUCACACUCGACCGUCAGACAGCUCCACUGACAUCACUUCUGAUGUGGAGGUGGUCCAAACCCAAAUCUCCACCUCCUCUGAUUCUCCAGUGCAGUCUCAGUCUGACAGGAGCCCCCCCCUCUCUGAAAACAACAACAUCGAGCUCUAUAAGACCAAUAGUGAUGUUUGCUGUACUGCACCAUCCACCAGCUUCACCAACUCUGGUCCUCCACAUGAUUCUUCUCCUUCAAAUCCUGCUCUCCCUUCUUCCCCGACUCCAGAUCCUCCUCUACCUCCAUCAUCUACAUCCUCAUCUUCUACCUUAAUUCCUCCUCCUUCCUCACCUUCUCCGACUCCAGAUCCUCCUCUACCUCCAUCAUCUACAUCCUCAUCUUCUACCUUAAUUCCUCCUCCUUCCUCUUCAUCUCCAACUUCAGAUCCACCCGUUACUUCAUCUCCAACAUCCCUUUCUUCUACCUUAGUUCCUCCUACGACUUUUCCUUCUUCGACUCCAGACCCUCCCAUUUCUUCACCUUCCUCAUUGUCCCCCACCUUGACUGCUCCCGUUCCAAAACCUCGAACUGUUCAGCUGGUUAUCAAAGAUGGCAGCGCCACAGACAUUCAGGCGCUCCCUGAGAUUAGAGUUGUCAGAAGAUCUGAUAGCGUAGAGAGCACAGAACCAGCAGUAGUUACUACUAAGGCUGAGGCAGCAGAUUUGGUACAGAUUGAAUCCAAGACAGAGCCAACAGAGACAGAGGCCCAAGCGCCAGAAAACAGCGAGGGCAGAAUAGAAGCUCCAGAUGACUCAGGUAUGAGAGAUAAUAACAUCCAGACUCUGAAUCAAGAGCAGAAUGAAACACCAGCAAACCCAGAGACAGAGGAGGCAGGAGCAGUCGGACCACCUGAUGACACUGCAGUCACAGUGACGCCUGCUGGGACCAAUCCGGAGCCUCAAACAGAUGCUUUAACUCUUGAAGAAUCAAAGAUUGAACGUUAUACUAAUCAUGAUGUAAGUCAAGAAGUCUCUGAAAGCAAGAAUGUUUCUUCAUCAGACAGUGAAACACCUCCAGGGACUAAGAUUCCUUGUGUAGAUGCAGCACUGACAGAUAUCAAGGCCUCAGAAGAAAUAGUUGAUUGUCAGUUUGCUAACCAGACAAAUGAUAAACAUACAAAAGUCAGUCAUUGUAAAACAUACCAUGCAAGAGCACAUGAGCCUCAGAGGAUAUUAUAUUGUGAAUCGAGUCCAACUGUUGUAGAUGUGGACUCUAUAACGAUGAGUCCGGAGUCUCGCAAAUCCAUAAACACCGAUGGCAGCAGCCAGCACGUAAAUGUCACGCCUCAGAGUAAUCCAAAUAUAGUGAAAGGUGAAGGUCUCGUUAGCGGUGCCACUCAAGAAUCCCAACACAUUCCUCAAGUACAGCAGAACUCACACCCCCAUGAAAGGCCCAGGAAUUUGCAUCUCACAGACACACACAUGUCAGAUUUGCAUUCCUCUUCAGCUGACACAGAUUCAGAACAUCGCAUUCCUCUGGUAAGCUCACCCACACCGACAAAUGACCUACAGACUCGCAAUUCAGAUCCACAGCAACACACUCCUGAUUUUCAGACACCUACGACAGACAUUAGUGAUGGAUAUUUGUCACCAAUGGAUGACUCCACCCUGUCCACCACCUCAGAGGAGUACUACGAAUGCAGCGACUCUCCUGUCCAUGACUCUGUAUUUGAUCAGGAGGGUUUACACCACCAUGGGUUAACAGUGGACUGUGAUAGCGUUGUACACACCAAUGCCACCAAUUCUUCUCUGCACAUCAAUAAUACAAAUUGGGCCAGUACUGCAGACAUGAUGAACUCCAGCAGAGAAACACAGAUUUUAUCCAGGCACUCAAAAGUCUCUGCUUCUUCCUUACUUGAAAAAGCCGAAAUGGAGAAAGAAAGGAGAGCAAGAUAUAAAGAUAGGACACAGCAGAGUGAAAGGGGGAUGAAACAGAAUGUGGUGGAGCGAGAUUCCCAGAAGACAGAGCGGAGAUGCAGCGAUGAGAUCAAGGCAACAACAGAUCAGCCUAAACAAGAACAAGGGUUGACAGAGACAGCUGCGAAAGGGAAGGAGGCCCAACCCGCGGCUGCUAAAAAAAACUCUCUACUGAACAGAUCACCGGCACAGAGGCUGGUGGAUGGAGGAGUCACCCAGGGAGAAAUAAUCACUAACUCUACAGAUGCAAAGAGAACAUUUUCUGGUGGCCUUAAGUUUUCUACCAACCGACUAAGGCAAGACAAAAAGAAGGUCGUGAGUGAGGUGGCGUCCAGACCCAGUGACGUGGACUCGUCCAGAGAGACUGUCAGGCACAAGUUGUUGGAUUGUCAUUCCAAGCCUCCACUAGGACCCCUACAGGACUCACCUGCAUUUCGCAAACCUCCAUCUAGGCCUCCCCCACUGUCACUGGGAGUGGGGGGGUCUACGGCGGGACAGAUUAAUGUCUCCCACGGCCAGCAGAGCCCUGUGUCUCCACAGUCCCCUGCAGUGGACACCAGAAUGAGAGCAAGGCAUUCCCCAAAAGCCCAGACCUUUCCGCAUUUUCAGAAGCAGGAUAUGUCAGUGGGAGAAGCUCACAGACAGGAUGAGGAAAGGGCUCCGUUUACCUUGACCUUUAGUAAGCUGUACAACCUCAAAGGGCUGAAGAACAGGGUCAACCAGCUGCCUGGACAGAACAGGGGAGGAGGCGGCAGCAGCCCUCCAGUUCAGGGACACAAGAGCACUGGUUAGUCUGGUUAUCUGCUGGGGAUAAACUUCAGCCCUGUUGUUAUUUAUUCAGUACUGUAACAUUUAGAGCCACAGACAGAUUGAGAAAACAUAUGGCCCGCGGGCCAAAACUGGCCCACUGGGGGGUUCAGUUUGGCCCCGCUUGUAAAAAGUGAAAG